AAUGGACUAUUGGUGAAGAAAUGUUAAUGAAGUGUAAACGGUAAAAUGCAUAGUUUUGAAAAUUUUAUAAGAAAAAUUUAAAAAGGAAUCUACACUUUUUAUAUCUAAAAAAAUUCUUAGUAAUCUGUAGACCUAUAAAACCUACGAAAGCCAUGAUAAAAUCAUUACUUUCUUCCAUCAUAAUUCAAAUGAAAUGUUUUUAAGUUUGAGACCUGAUAGCACUACUUUAUUUGUUAACAGAAACCAGGAGAGGCGGAAUUUCUAGACUUUCCCAGUGAAAUUUACUUUUGGAAAUUCAAAUGUUAGGUUUAACUUUUUGGGACUUCCCGUUAACACUUAACAGCCAUUUAUGCUCUGGCGGUCAUGCAAAGUAGGCGCAUGCGCUCAACCCCCCAAAUCGCGGGUCUCAGCGAUACAGCAGUCAACAUGUGCCAUAAAUAUUAACCGCUUUUCCCUCCUGGCCGUGCGUGUGGGUGCACCGUGCUCUCCGCAGCGCCGCUCUGCGUUCUCCCGCUUCCGUUCGGCACCUCCAGCGCUCAGUACGGCACCAGGCUUCGACGGAAGUGGAACAAUCCAAGCGGAAACCGACUCGCGCGACAACAAAACCGAACUCGAAUAUGGAAAACUUUUUCGCCAAGCCGAUAUAGCACUGAUAAACGCAGCUCGGAGUGAACUUUAUGAAUGGUCAUGACUAAUUGUAGUCACCCAGCGGCAGCAGCAGCUCCAGCAUUCGUUGUGUGAGCUCGAAAGGUGGAGGUUCCCCCGUUUUGCAACGAAAGAUUUCAGUAUCUCGGUAUCUGUAUCUGUCGGUGUCUCGUUUGAGCGGCUCGAAUGAUCCGCCUGUAAUUAUGACUGCGUGAAGAAAUCAAUAAGAGGAGGAUGGCCAGCAAGCCCAUGAGCACCAGCUGCCAGAGCAUUGCGACGGCGGCCAGCAGUGCGGCCACGACGGCGGCGGCGGUGUCCAUAUCGGCCUCCAACGCCACCUCCGUGGGCUCCCUCAUUGCCGCCGCCUGCCAGCAGCAGCAGCAGCAACAUCCCCACCAGCAAUAUGCACAGUCCCAGCAGCAACACCUCUAUCAGACGCAUCAGCAAUCAUCGCACUAUGUCAAUGGCACCGGCAGCUUGGGCAGGCUCAAGUUCCACAAGAGUCUCGACGCCAGCGACGAGGAAAUCGAGUAUGCGCAGCUAUCCCGUUCGACCCACAUCCUGGGACGCCAUAAGUCGGAGCGGUUUUUGGCGUCCAAUCCGGAUGAGGACCGUAGGCGACGCACCAUAAUAGUGGAAAAGAAGAACAACUCCUAUGGGUUCACCCUCCAGAGCUACGGGAUCCACUACAAACGGGAUGAGGAGCUGGAAAUGAUCACUUACGUGGACUAUGUGGAGUACGGUGGACCAGCCUAUCGUGCUGGAAUGCGGGAGGGCGACGUAAUACUCUCCAUCAACGGCAAAGAUAUGGAGAAGGCGGACCACAAGACCAUCGUCGAGUUCAUUAAGCAGUGCGACACCAGGAUGCGGAUGGUAGUACUUUUUGAGGACUGUGUGAGGAAGGUGGACCUUCACAUGCGCUACAUCCAACUGCAGAGCAUGUUGCAGCAAAAGAUGAACGAGCUGGAGAGGGUUCAUUUAAGAGAGCGGGAGUUGUUGGAGGGCAAGUGGAAGACGCACAGUUUGCCAGCGCGGAAGAAGGCCAACGCGAAUACUUCGCCCAGUGACGGAGAAGUUGUUUCACCUACGGAAGUGGGUGCUGAAACGGGCUUUUAUCGUCCAGCCCUGUCCACAGAGGAUGUGCCCAACAUAGCGGCCCGCCAGCAGGGAGUGGGUGGACCAGGAAUAAUCCCACCUCCCGCUCAAUUUAUGCUCACCUACCACUACCUGGAUCCUACUUACCGAUACGUUCUGCGACCCACCCACGGCAGCUCAGAAGAUUAUAUUGAAGGCCUAGGCCUCCAGAGGAGCAGCAGUGAUCAUCAGCAACCGGCACAGCGUUAUAUACUCCAGCGAACCGAAUCCGUGGAUACGAAUUCGAUGACUCAAACUCAACCGACAGCAACGGCUCCUACUCAAUAUCACAGCACUACUGGUGGAUCGGCGAAGCCACCGGCACCACCACCUCGAACCUGUGAAAAGCACAAGCCACCGCCUAAACCACCAAAAACUGAGAAGGAAAAAUCCACUGGGAAACAUUAUCAUAUGGGACACUCCUGCAAUCCCUGCUUGGGGCACUUUCGUUGGAAGUCAGCGGAGAAAUCAACGGUUCCAGCGCCAGAUAACGUAAGCUUGGAUGCCUACGAUCUGGCCAGUCCCUGCUGCGAUACGCAUUGUGUACCGACGAGAAGACGACAUCGCCAGCAUAAGGAGCACACCCAUAAGCACAAGCACCGAGAAAGGGAGCGGGUGGAGAGCAAGGAGCAAAGGGUCAGACCCAAGUCCACAUCCCAUGCGUCACCCAAUGCCAAUGGUGGUGCUGGAAACGCAGGACCUGGCCACCAUCACCAUCAUCAUCAUCACCAUCAUAGCCACGAGCAGCAACAACAACAGCAGCAAAUGCAAGCGGUUCUCCACCAUCAUCACUAUUCCCACCAGGUGCAGAAUCCCUGUCAAGUGCAAUCCCAAUCCGGCAGCACACGCUCUCGCUACUUUGACUUGGCUUCUGGAUUGGCCAGCCAUUGCAGCUUGCAUUCCUGCACCUCUAGUGAGUUUGCUCCAGGGGAUACUGCUUCGUACACCACUUCCAUUAGCACGGAUACUUUGUUUUGGGACCCCAAGAGCGAGGCGGGCCAAUCCCGACAACACUCCACCAAAUCCAGGCAAUCAUAUGAGCAGCAACCACAACAACAACCGCCCCACCAGCAGCAGCAACAGCCGCAUCAAGGGCACCACCACCACCAUCAUCAUCAGGGGGAUUACCACCAGCGGUAUCAUGUGACCGCCAACCAAAUGCAGCCCCAGCAGAUCUAUCCCAAUACUAUAGCUUAUGUUCAAAAACCCAAAUCCUGGGACAACCUGGCCAACAAGGCGGGCUAUAAUGUUGGUUACGGUUACCUUGACACAGUGGCUAUAAAACCAGCCAUAAAAAUGCAGAUUGCCCAGCAGCGUCACUCGAUGCCGCGAAGAAAUCCAUACGGCAGGUACUCCACCUACGGAGAUGUCGAGAACUAUGCCCCACCGCCUACAGAGUUUGUGGGCGAGCUGACCACCACCACAACCACUACGAUAACGGCAAAGUCCACGGAGGAGCUGUUGACCGCCUGCGAUUGUUUGACGCCCCAGCAACAGGCUGCUAUUAAGGCGGCACAGUACCAGCUUAGCCAAAAUCAGAAGCUGACCCACCAGAACUCCUGCCAGAUGGGAUACUACUCGCACCUGCCGCCUCCCACCACGGAUGUAGGCACCUCGACCACCAGUCAGCAGGUGCACGGGGCAGGAGAUGUCCAGACGACGUCCGAGGCCACCAGAUUGUAGGCUGCAUAGAGAUCCAACCAGGAACCGUCUCAUGAAUAGAAACAGUGCACCAUGAGUUGAAUAGUAAGACUUCUAGAGUUGAAUAGUUAUUGAAACAGUUUUAAAAUCACAGGUUUAAUAUGAGUAUUAAGUUGAAUGAGCGUAGAAAGAAUUUUUAAUAGUUUUUAUUUUCACAGAAAAUAGAGCUCAACACGAUAUGAAAUUGUAAUCUAAAUAUUGGAACUUUUAAAUAGUCUUUUGAUUUGACCAACAAGUUAUACUCGAAAAUUCUAAAUUAUGAAUUUUUCACAAUGUACGGAUAAGCCAAAGAGUGAAAUACUUAGUUAAUUAAAUAUUUUAGGAUUGGAUUAUAGGAGUGAAUGAAAUAUUUAGCUAAUUAUUUGGUAUCUAUAUUUAGUUAAUGGUAUAGGUGGAAUUAAAGUGAAAAAAGAAUUAGGUGCAUAUUUCAUACUAUAAAUUACAACUCAAACGCUCAACUUAUUAACAUGAUUCAACCACUCAUGAGUGCACUCAUAUUCAGCUCCAUUCGCGUCUUAAAAACCGAACAUCGAAAUCAUUUGAAAUGGUAAACGAAGCCAAAUUUUAAACGUUUAACUCCAACAAAAUUUAAAAAAUUUUCGUAACUAUUCAAAUAUAUGUACAGUGAGUUUCACAGGUAUAAGACAAAUAUUUAGCAUCCAAAAACCGCAGGACAAUACACAGAGAUAAGCAGAAUAGAAGAUACUUCUAAGGAUAGAUGAUUCCACAAUUAGUACACCCUAAGAUCUAAAAAAUUACAAAUUUAAAGCUAUCUUAUGUGUAUGGAACUCACUUUAUGUAUAUGCGAUUAAACUAGGACGCAUUGACGUUUAGAUUUUUGGAUUUAUUGAAAGACUGAAAAGCCACGCGCAUAUUCCAAAUGAGAGAAAAAUCUGGCGUCUUGUAAUGAUAUAGGAUUAUAUAUAUCUGUAAUUGCCAUAUAAUAUGGUUAACCUAUCAUGCAACUAGAUACUGUUUUACAUGUAGCAUAUACACACACGUAAGCAUAUAUAUUUAUUGUAUACUGUGUCCGAACAAUGUAAUUUAUUUCAUUGUGAUAGUGAAAGAGCAGGCACUAAAAACCGCAACAAUUUUAGUCGCAAUUUUAUCAAGCAACCAACCAAAUAUAAUUUAAAAAGCUUUUAUGUAACGCGAAAUGUAAAUGUUAUUGUACUUUAUGUAUUGCAAUAAAACUCAAAAGUGUGUUCAUGUAGUGUGGCCCCUAGAAAAAACUAA